UAGAGGGUCAUAAAAAGAAAAAAACCUCAACUUAUAACCAUCCAUAUAGCAGCCAUUCAAAAUUACAAUGGCACUUAAAAAAUUGACUUAACAACUAGUCCUCAUAGUUAACCACUGUUGCAGUAUCCCCAGGGUCACGUGAUCAAAAUUGAAGUCCUUGACAAUUGGCAUGUAUUCACAGCGGUAUCUUGGGGUCAUGAGAUCACCAUCUGCAAGCUUCCCAGCCAAUUUCCAACAAGCAAAGUCAAUGGAGUAAACUGGAUUCACUUAACAAUCACUUGUUUCUCUUAACAACUAAAAUGAUUCGCUUGACAACUAUGGCAAAAAAAGGUGGCAAAAUCAGGCGCCUUACUUGACAUUGGAAAUUCUAGUUCCAAUUGUGGUCAUAAGUCAACCACAAAAGACAAAAGGAAUAAAACUCUGAAAUUGUAACUAUAGUUGGAAAAUAUGAUUCCGUUCAUUUUCUAAAUAGAUCUUGGCAUGCCACAUAAACUUUAGCCUUGGAAACACUGCUUCCUCUUGCCUUAAAACAAAUGCUAUUUCAUCACAGCUUACACAGUUGCCACAGUGGUUCUUUUAACAACCAAGUUUUCUGGAGAUGUGUUUUCUGUUUGAAUACCUCCACUUUUAUGUUUUUUAUGAACAUAUAUUACAGGGAAAUAAUGCUGUCCAGAUUUUGCUUGGAAAUGACUGUAUAUUGUGUAUCUGGGGAGAGGAUGCAGAGAUAAUAUAAGUUUUUUUAAAAAAAAUGGAAUAUCUGAUAAAAGAAUAUAUGACAUUUAAUCACACUAUAACAACUUGAGACUACUUGUCAGUCUAGACUAAUUUUUAUAAUCCCUUUUAUGAGCUAGACACGUUUUUCCUUUAUUCUUUCAAAUAUUCAGAAGAGAAUUAUAAGGAUUUCAUAAAAUGAACUACCUGCGGCUAUAACUUGUUAAUUAUGUGGUGGUAUACUUUAGAAGUCUAUAGUCUUUGCCCAUAAACUCUAUGUGUAAAUGUUUUUUUUAUUUGUCUGUUUGACUACUAGCCUGUUACAGUCAUGGAACACCAACAAAGUAUUAAUUUGGAAGACGAACUUGAAGCCCCAGAAGCUGUACAUACAGGACCUAAAGGGGUGAUCAAUGACUGGAGAAAAUUUAAAUUGGAGAGCCAAGACCAAGACCAUCUUCCUCCAAGCAAGAGAGAGCUCCUCAUCAGGCAAAUCUCUUCGCCCUACAACUGUCAAAGCAGAGAUCAUAGAGACACCAGAGAACGAGUCAGUCGUAAGAUGAGUGUGCAAGAAUAUGAGUUGUUGAAUGUCAAAGAAGAUGAGAGUUGUUUACAGCAAUACCGGAAGCGCUGCAUGAAGAACAUGCACGAGCGAUUGAGCUUUGCGCCAAGGCACGGCUAUGUUUCUGAGCUGCAGGAUGGGAAGGAGUUCCUGGAAGCUGUGGAGAAAGAACACAAAGCCACCACUGUAAUUGUCCAUAUCUAUGAAGAUGACAUCAAGGAGUGUGAGGCACUCAACAAUAGCCUUAAUAGUCUUGCUGCUGAGUACUCCAUUGUGAAAUUUUGCAAAAUCAAGGCUGCUAACACAGGGGCAGGAGACCGUUUCUCCAGUGAUGUUCUUCCAACACUACUUGUCUACAAAGGUGGGCAGCUUGUAAGCAAUUUCAUUAGUGUAACUGACCAAUUGAAUGGAGAAUUUUCUACUACAGAUGUGGAGACUUUCUUAAAUGAGUAUGGGUUACUUCCUCAGAAAGGAAUUCCAGAAGUUGACAAUGAUAAUAUGGAUGAACAAGAAAUUGAACAGUAGAUAAGUUAUCUAGUAUUUCAUUAUCUGUGCUCAGUGAAUUUUUAGUUUGGAUCCCCUUUGGGGCCAAAUUUACGUAGGAAAUGCUGCAUAUAGAUGCAAUAGAAAAGACUUGUUAAGAAAGUAUAGAAAGAUAUAAAAGAAAUAAGGGAUGCCCAGAUCUUAGCCUGAUGAUUCAUUUUUGUUUUUUUCCUCUUCUUGUCACUUUUUCAAGAAAUAAGAGAACAAAUUAGGAUUGGUGAAAUCUAUUUACCAAGGGGAUGCAAUGUUAGAUGUAAAUCAUCCAAUUAUAACUAUACCCUUGGCAGUAUGGGCAAUUUUCAGAGACCACUGCAGAUGGUUUAAUACUUGACAUUAACUUUUUUGGAAGGAUAGGAGUAGGAAGUGAGAUUGUUUUAAUUCUCAUUUGGAAGGAAUUUGGCUAAGGUAAAACACAUAUAGAAGUUGACAAAUCCCUAAAGGUAUAUUUGUACAAGGUAUAUUUGGAUGGAGCUACUAACAUUAUAAAACUUUCAGCAAGUAUUCAAAAGGAAACUUUGAUUUCAUUAGAGUUUUAGAGAUGCAAAACAUUUGCCACAUUAAGGGUAAAGACAAGUUUCCUUUUGAACACUGAAUAUUCAGGGCAGCUCUAAACUCUGGUGAACACCAACUUUGGUCAGGAUUUGGUCUAUCAACAGUUUUCUAAUUCUGAAUUUCCUUGGUUUACCUAUAUUCAUGCAAGAAGUCCUAUAUUCAUGCAAGAAGUCCUUUUUGAGAAUACAUGUGGAACCCAAUAAAAAUAUAAGAUAGAAAUACAACAGACUCAUAACAUCUUACAACGUAACUGUUAUAGCUUAGUUAAUUAAAAAUAGUUAUCUAAGGGAUCAGGCAUCUAAGCAUCUCAGGGAUGUUUUCAGAAUGUUGUUGCAGUGCCAGAAGUGUCAGAAUCUGGAUAGGUUGGAAUAGGAUCAAGCUUACCCCUUGCAAGAUUGACUAGCUAUAGAUAUUUGGAUCUCCCACUCCCCCCAGUUCAGGUGUCUUCCAUUUUUAGCCUUAAAAACAGUUGUACCAUCAUCAGGACUGUUGUAUAAUUUGAGGUGUCCGCCUGGAUUAACAGGUCUUGCUUAAGAAACAGGUGGCAGUGGUGGCCAAAAAGGCCCUUGCACAGAUUCAUCUUGUGUACCAAUUGCAUGCAUUUUUGUACCAGGAAACCCUCCUCACAAUCAUUCAUGCUUUGAUCAACUUUCAUGAGCUCUUCGUGGAACUUUAAUUGAAGAGCCAGAAACUGCAGCAGCAGAGGUGGUUCUGAGCAUGCUACAUUAUGCCUAUGUAAUUCUGCUGCUUGGUGAGCUAUAAUGAUUGCAGGUAAUCAUUAUGAGCGCAAUCCAAGAUAAGUUAUCACCUAUAAAGCCCUUUACAGCAUAGGGUCUGGUUAUUUGAAGGACAGUUUAUUUCCUGGGAUGUCUACCCAUUCAUUAAGGGCAGUUAAGUAAGUCACUUAAAUAGCAACACCUGAUGCUUGUCCAAAAGACAGUCAUAAUUGGAAAUAUGGUUUUCCAAUAUUUCAUUUCAGAAAUGUAACUAAAAAUAGGGGGAAGUGAGAAUUUCACUUUAGCGAGAUAUCCUAAAAAUUCAUUUUUCUUGAAUGGCUAAAAUGGCUAUUACCAGCACUUAAGUAUGGGCCUGUAGUGUGUUAUAGCUGCCAAAAUAGUCAAUGUAGUCCUAGGUUGCAGAACAGAGCAAGAUCACAUGAAGUGAUAGUAUUUAUUUAUUUUAUUUAUUUAAAAUAAAAUAAAUAAUAAAUAAAUAAGUGAUAAUACUUGUUAAUAUUGCACCGGCAAGCCCACACUUGGAAUACUGCAUCCAAUUCUGAUCACCAUGAUACAAAAAAGAUUCUGAUUCAGUGGAAUGAAGUUGUAGGUGCUCCCAUCAUUGGGGGUUUUCAAGAAGAGUCUGGAAUUGUCUGCUUGAGCAAUGGGUUGGACUAGAAGACAACCCUAGUAUUCUAUGUUCUACAUUCUAUUAUGAUCAGACAGAGUCAACAUGGCUUGAGUCCAGUGGUGAAAUCUGAACCGGUUUACUACUGGUUGCGCAUGUGUGCUGCACGCAUGCUCGCACAAUGCGCACCAUGCACCAAAAGUGAAGUGCGUGCGUGUGCAGUGCACGCCAAAAUGAGGCAUGGGGUAAGUCAACAGGGGUGAUCAGCUGUGGCACACGAUCUUUUUUUUUACUUUUAAAAGCAUUUUUAACA